CAUACAACUCAUAGGUUUUUUUGACCAUACAAAACAUAUAAUUUAACUUUUUUUUUAAAAUUUGUCCCUAUAAAUUUUAGUGCUAUAUUGGAUAGUUGAAAAUGCCUGUUAAAAGUAUACUUGGUAUUUUGGCCACUGCCGGCUCUUUUUUCGCCUUAGGAGCCUAUUAUCAGCACAUUGAUGUGAUGAGAAAUAUUAGAAGAUUAGAGCAACGAAAUCCACAUGCCUACUUCAUUAGAAGGAAACUUUACGCUUUGCUGGGACUCUUUACUAUAAGAGCCGAUGGCAAGGAAUUCGACGUGGAACCCGAUGAUUGUCACAAGCUGGGCGGGAUCAUGAAGUACGGCUUCCCCAGUACAAAUGAUAUUAGUCUAAAUGAGACCUUCGACUUUGUGACGUCUUUCGAUCGGCGAAACUCCGCAGUUCAGUGGAUGUGUGAGCGGGUAGACCUAACGGAUCGUUUGUUCUAUGGAGAUUCCUCAUCUGUGGCGCCAGCUGGAGCCUUCAGCCAGUCGGAGGCAUCUAGGGUAUUCUUCUUAUCCAAUAUUAAACCCUUUCUGAACAGAGGAUUUAACCUCACCGUUUGGGAUCGAUUGCUAAAGUACGUGGAUGAGAUGAGUCAGAAACAUGGAACCGUAUACGUAUACACCGGAUCCAUUUAUUUACCCCGUGAGCUUAAAUCCAAUAGUUGGUUCCUGGAGUUCCAAACGGAAGAGAGAACCAUGGUGGCCGUACCGACGCAUUUCUUCAAGAUCCUGGUUAUCGAUCCAAAAUUUGAGGGGAAUGCCAUUCCUUAUGCGGAGGCUUAUGUGAUGCCCAACACUCCGCUAAACAAUAAUGUCGAACUGAAAACCCUUCUCAGCGAUGUCCGGGAUAUAGAAAAUGCAACGGGUCUACGGUUUUUCGAAGGACUAGACCGUAACUUUGUCAACACCCAAGUGACCAGUUCAGUAGCCAAUCCAUUAAACAGUCUUAUAACUAAUUCUGUAAAUAACCCAGUACCCAGUAACUUUGCCAACCGCAGUGCCAUAGCAUCUACUAAGUAGUAAGAACUAA